AUGCCCACCCACGUCGUUCAACGUGGCGGAGAUUUGUUUCUUAUCCUUAGACACCUAGACCAUACCUCAGAUAUCCCAAACCACGAAGGGGAGACAGAGAAUAAGGACCCCACUGCGGGCCCCUUCAGCCCACGUAAAUCCAAGCGCAGACGAGUCACGACCCCGAAGCCCAAAAAGAAGAGGAACUAUGGGCCGAACGAUCACCGCAUCCGCGUGUCCUCAGCGCAGCUCAUCAAGUCGUCUCCCUUCUUCAAGGUAGCCCUCACAGGCGGAUGGAAGGAAACAGUGAGGUUUCAAAACGACGGAGACAUGGAAGUCGGAGCGCCAGACUGGGACAUCGAUGCCCUUCUCGUCGUGAUGCGUCUAGUCCACAAUAAACCCCGUAAAUUACCAACGCAACCAUCCUUCGAACUUCUCACUGGAGUUUCUAUCAUUGCGGACUAUUACCAGUGCCGGGACGCUGUGCUGCCAUACGAAAAGCGGUGGAAAAAUAUACUGUUCCCGAGUAUAACUUCUAUGGAUAUUGAAACAUUCGUCACUGGCCUGUGGGUUGCGUCGUUCUUUGGCUGUGGGGAGGAUUUCCGCAGAUUCUCUAUCGAUCUGUUGGAGCACAGCCAUGGAACGCUCGAUUCAGGUGGCCUACCACUUCCUCAGAAUAUACUUGGCACAGACACAAUCUGCGACCGCCGCCGAAUCAUGCUGGACGAGUUCAUAACGAGCAUGUGGCACUACAAGGCUGCGCUGUACGACCCUCUUGACAUGAAGGUACUUAACCGGUUUAUUCUCGAUAAUGGCCUGGCGCAUGCAGCUCUCCCACUAGCAGACUUGACGAUACAUCGGCUGAGGCGGGAGUUUGGAGCACUGGAUCUUCCUAUUACAUGGUUGGGUGAGCGGGCACUCAAGCAACUUACGCCUGAGGGGCUCAAAUUGAGUGAUUGGGUGUGA